AUGGCUGGCGCGGACGAAACCCUCGCGGCCGCUGCUGCCAUUCUGAGAGGUCUCGCGAAAGAAUCUCCUUCCUCCGGCGCUCCUCCCUUCGACUUCGAAUUUUCCCACCCUCCCGCUAAUGGCUGCGACGCAAAACUCGCCAAACUACCUGGAGAAUCAAGCUCGGCAAAGGCGGCUUUCGAACAAGAGUUGGAGGCUUUGGUCCGACGGGUCCGUCAUCUGGAAUUCCAAAAUGUCAGUCACCACCAGUCAACCCCCAAAUCCUCUCAGUCUUCUCUCACUCCCGGCGAGAAGGAGCCUGAUUUCCUCUGGUCCUUUGGUCUCUCUCGUUUUUCACAAUCGGCCACUGAACCGGAAGACCACGAAGAGGACAUCAGCUACCUACGGAACCAUGUCCAAAAGCAAGCGGAGGAAAUAAGUUUCCAGAAGGAUAUCAUCGCCCAAGUCCGGGAUGAAUUACAACAACAAGAGGAACAAACACGGCGGGCCUUGACCAAAGUGGAAAAUGAAGACGUCGUCCUGCUGGAGCGGGAGCUCCGCAAGCACCAGCAGGCCAACGAGGCUUUCCAGAAGGCGCUCCGGGAAAUCGGCGGCAUCAUCACCCAGGUCGCAAACGGUGACCUGUCCAUGAAGGUGCAGAUCCACCCGCUGGAGAUGGACCCUGAAAUUGCUACCUUCAAGCGUACGAUUAACACCAUGAUGGACCAACUGCAAGUCUUCGGUAGCGAGGUGUCACGAGUCGCGCGAGAGGUCGGAACAGAAGGCAUACUCGGUGGCCAGGCCCAGAUCACCGGGGUGCAUGGCAUCUGGAAGGAAUUGACCGAGAACGUGAACAUAAUGGCCAAGAAUCUCACCGAUCAGGUCCGCGAGAUCGCGGCGGUCACGACAGCGGUCGCCCACGGUGACUUGAGUCAGAAGAUUGAGAGUCGUGCCCAGGGUGAAAUCUUAGAACUUCAGCAAACUAUCAACACCAUGGUUGACCAACUUCGGACAUUUGCAACAGAGGUCACCCGUGUCGCACGUGAUGUUGGUACGGAGGGUGUUCUUGGUGGGCAGGCUCAAAUAGAAGGGGUACAAGGCAUGUGGAACGAACUCACAGUGAACGUCAACGCCAUGGCGAACAAUUUGACCACCCAAGUGCGUGACAUCGCCACCGUUACCAAGGCUGUAGCGAAGGGUGACCUGACACAAAAGGUCCAGGCAAACUGCAAGGGCGAGAUCGCCGAGCUGAAGAAUAUCAUCAAUUCCAUGGUGGACCAACUACGCCAGUUUGCCCAAGAAGUCACCAAGAUCGCCAAGGAGGUCGGCACCGACGGUGUCCUUGGCGGUCAAGCUACCGUGAAUGAUGUGGAGGGCACAUGGAAGGACCUGACCGAAAAUGUCAACCGCAUGGCCAACAAUUUGACCACCCAGGUCAGGGAGAUUGCGGACGUCACCACUGCCGUUGCCAAGGGUGAUCUGACGAAAAAGGUAACUGCUAAUGUGCAGGGUGAAAUACUGGAUUUGAAAAGCACGAUCAACGGCAUGGUGGACCGACUCAAUACGUUUGCCUUUGAGGUGAGCAAGGUCGCCCGUGAAGUCGGCACGGAUGGUACGCUGGGUGGUCAAGCCAAGGUCGAUAAUGUGGAAGGAAAAUGGAAGGAUUUGACCGACAACGUGAACACCAUGGCUCAGAAUUUGACCUCUCAAGUGCGAAGUAUAUCGGACGUUACCCAGGCCAUUGCCAAGGGUGAUCUCAGCAAGAAGAUCGAGGUGCACGCUCAAGGAGAGAUCCUUACCCUGAAGGUCACCAUCAAUCACAUGGUGGACCGGCUCGCCAAGUUCGCAACUGAGCUCAAGAAGGUCGCGCGCGACGUCGGGGUCGAUGGCAAGAUGGGUGGCCAGGCUAAUGUCGAAGGGAUUGCUGGAACGUGGAAGGAGAUCACUGAGGACGUGAAUACCAUGGCCGAAAACUUGACAUCGCAAGUGCGCGCAUUCGGUGAGAUUACGGAUGCCGCCACCGACGGCGAUUUCACCAAGCUCAUCACGGUCAACGCCUCUGGCGAAAUGGAUGAGCUGAAGCGAAAGAUCAACAAGAUGGUUUCCAAUCUGCGAGACAGUAUUCAACGUAACACGGCCGCCAGGGAAGCCGCCGAAUUGGCCAACCGCACCAAAUCCGAGUUCCUGGCGAAUAUGAGUCACGAGAUCCGGACGCCCAUGAAUGGCAUUAUCGGCAUGACGCAGUUGACCUUGGACACGGAUGACCUCAAGCCCUAUACUCGAGAGAUGUUGAAUGUGGUGCACAACCUGGCGAACAGCUUGCUGACCAUCAUUGACGACAUACUCGAUAUCUCCAAGAUCGAAGCCAACCGUAUGGUGAUUGAGAGCAUUCCAUUCACCGUGAGGGGAACCGUUUUCAAUGCUCUGAAGACCUUGGCAGUGAAGGCCAACGAGAAGUUCCUGAGUCUGACCUACCAGGUGGAUAAUACCGUCCCUGACUAUGUCAUUGGUGAUCCCUUCCGUCUGCGGCAGAUCAUCCUGAACCUGGUCGGCAACGCCAUCAAGUUCACCGAGCACGGAGAGGUCAAGCUUACCAUUUGCAAGUCCGACCGCGAGCAAUGUGCAGCCGACGAAUAUGCGUUCGAGUUCUCCGUCUCCGACACCGGCAUUGGUAUCGAGGAAGACAAAUUAGAUUUGAUCUUCGACACCUUCCAGCAGGCUGACGGCUCGACUACACGGAGGUUCGGUGGAACCGGUCUUGGUCUGUCCAUUUCCAAGCGUCUCGUGAACCUCAUGGGUGGUGAUGUUUGGGUUACUUCGGAGUAUGGCCAUGGCAGCACGUUCCACUUCACAUGUGUGGUGAAACUGGCCGAUCAGUCUUUGAGCGUCAUUGCAUCGCAGUUGAUGCCGUACAAGAACCACCGUGUCCUCUUCAUCGACAAGGGGGAGAACGGUGGCCAGGCCGAAAAUGUGAUGAAGAUGCUCAAGCAGAUCGACCUGGAGCCGCUGGUCGUGCGGAACGAGGAUCAUGUGCCGCCGCCUGAGAUUCAGGAUCCGUCGGGCAAAGAGUCCGGCCAUGCCUAUGAUGUGAUAAUUGUGGACUCGGUGGCUACCGCUCGGCUGUUGCGCACGUUUGACGACUUUAAGUAUGUUCCGAUUGUUCUGGUGUGCCCGCUGGUCUGUGUAAGCUUGAAGUCUGCCCUUGACCUCGGUAUCAGCUCCUACAUGACCACGCCCUGCCAGCCGAUCGAUCUCGGCAAUGGUAUGCUACCGGCCCUGGAAGGACGUUCGACGCCGAUCACAACGGAUCACUCCCGGUCAUUCGACAUUCUGCUGGCGGAGGACAACGACGUCAACCAAAAAUUGGCCGUGAAGAUUCUGGAGAAGCAUAACCACAACGUGUCCGUCGUCAGCAACGGUCUCGAGGCCGUGGAGGCCGUGAAGCAACGGCGCUACGAUGUCAUUCUGAUGGAUGUCCAAAUGCCCGUCAUGGGUGGUUUCGAAGCCACGGGCAAGAUUCGCGAGUAUGAGAGGGAGAGCGGUCUCAGUCGAACCCCGAUCAUCGCGCUGACCGCCCACGCCAUGCUGGGCGAUCGGGAGAAGUGCAUCCAGGCCCAGAUGGACGAGUACCUGUCGAAACCCCUGAAGCAAAACCAGAUGAUGCAGACGAUCCUCAAAUGUGCCACGUUAGGUGGUUCUCUUUUGGAGAAGAGCAAGGAGUCGCGGAUCUCGAGCAGCGGUGAAAUGCAUCCGGUCCACCACAGCGGCCCUGAUGGCAAGAGUCAACAGCGUCCGGGCUUGGAACCGCGGUCCAUCACCGCAACAAGCACGAUCAACCGCGGGGGUCUCGCCAGCCCCAGCGUUGAUAGGAAUGAUGACCUUUCCGUUGAAAGGGUAGGCCUUCACCAUCACCCUCACACAUGAGAUUCUUGUGACACUAACCGGCUCCAUAGGCACUGUUGCGGUCCAACAGCUCGUGAGACGUUCUCAAG